GAGGGGCCGCCGAGCUCGGGCGGAGGCAGCCGGGCCCCGCCGGCGGCGCUCGGGGAGGGGGGAGGGGCUUUGGGGGCGGCCAUGGGCUCCCCGGAGGACGCGGGCAAGGCGCCGGCGUACCGAGUGGACCACCUGCUGAGCGCGGUGGAGAGCGAGCUGCAGGCGGGCAGCGAGAAGGGGGACCCGACGGAGCGCGAGCUGCGCGUGGCGCUGGAGGACGGCGAGCUGUGGCUGCGCUUCAAGGAGCUCACCAACGAGAUGAUCGUCACCAAGAACGGCAGGAGGAUGUUCCCGGUGCUGAAGGUGAGCGUGUCGGGGCUGGACCCCAACGCCAUGUACUCCUUCCUGCUGGACUUCGUGGCGGCCGACGGGCACCGCUGGAAGUACGUGAAUGGCGAGUGGGUGCCAGGCGGCAAGCCGGAGCCGCAGGCGCCCAGCUGCGUCUACAUCCACCCCGACUCGCCCAACUUUGGCGCCCACUGGAUGAAGGCGCCCGUCUCCUUCAGCAAGGUCAAGCUCACCAACAAGCUCAACGGCGGAGGGCAGAUCAUGCUGAACUCCCUGCACAAGUACGAGCCCCGCAUCCACAUCGUGCGGGUGGGCGGCCCGCAGAGGAUGAUCACCAGCCAUUCCUUCCCCGAGACCCAGUUCAUCGCUGUGACGGCAUACCAGAACGAGGAGAUCACAGCUUUAAAAAUUAAAUACAAUCCAUUUGCGAAGGCAUUUCUUGAUGCAAAGGAAAGAAAUGAUCACAAAGACAUGAUGGAGGAAGUGGGAGACAACCAGCAGUCUGGAUACUCGCAGUUAGGUAGUUGGCUUAUUCCUGGGACUGGGGCUCUGUGCCCACCUGCCAAUCCUCAUCCUCAGUUUGGAGCACCCCUGUCUCUCUCCCCUGCUCACAGCUGUGAAAGGUACUCACCGCUGAGGAAUCACCGUUCUGCCCCCUACCCCAAUCCCUACACCCAUAGAAACAACUCACCAACAGCUUAUGCUGAUAACUCCUCUGCCUGCCUUCCCAUGCUCCAGUCCCAUGACAACUGGUCCUCUCUGGGAGUUCCCACACACACAACUAUGCUGCCCAUGAGCCACAGCACUGGCACUGCUACCAGCUCCAGUCAGUACCCCAACUUAUGGUCUGUGAGUAACAGCACCAUCACCCCGGCAUCUCAGUCAAGCGGGAUGUCCAACGGCCUGAGCUCCCAGUUCCUGCGUGGCUCGCCGGUGCACUACACCGCUCUCCCACAUUCUGUCGCUGCCACCACCUCCACAUCCCCACUGUAUGAUGGAGGAGCACCUGCAGACCUUCCUGACAGCCAGUACGAUGCCUCUGCACACAGUCGGCUGGCAUCCAUGUGGACGCCCAUCACCCCACCUUCCAUGUAAACCCAGACGUCUACUUUAGAACAGACUUUUUUAGCUACUGAAUUACUUUAAAUGCUUAAUCCUCAAGGAAGAGGAAAAGGAGACACGAAGGAAAUUAUAGAUAAAGCAUCUGCACUGCUUUGCGUAGAGCA